CGGCCUGUUGGCCUCCGGUAGGAUCAAGCGCUUCCGGUAGUUUGCUCUCAAAAGGACAGCAAGAAACCGUGUCUUUAAUGGCUUCAUUGGUGGCUUAUGAUGAUUCGGACUCAGAGGUUGAGACUGAUCCUGCAGGAAGUUUUAAUGAUACUGGCCAAAUGAAAGACACUUCUGAUGUGACCAAACCUGUGCAGGACUUUUCAUCUGGUGUACGGGAUAUGACAAAAGAAGAGGCACAACCCCUACAGCCUAGCUCUUGUAAAGACCCAGGAGGCAAUCGUCUCCCACUGGCUCGGCUUGGGAGAAGUGAUCGGGGAUCUUGCCCCAGCCAGAGGCUGCAGUGGCCCAGGAAGGAGCCUGAAGUCACCUCCACCAGUGGGCCUUCUUGUCCUUCUCUGUGGACCAGCCAUGCUCCAAGCAGCCACAUGCCCCUGGCAGCUGCCCACUUUAAGCGAAGAAAAUUCCCCUGUGGCUCUUCCAGAUCAUCUUACUAUGCUCAAGGUGAAUCUGAAACCACAGGUAAAAACGUUAACUCUUUUCAGAAGAAAAGGUGUGAAGACUGUAUCAUACCAUAUAUCCCGAAAAGACUAAGACAGCUGCAAGAAGCAAGCACAGAACCAGGCAAGAGUAAAGAUGUGGAGCCACAGGAUCCCUCUGCAGGGCAUGCCCCAGCCCCUCUCUGUGUGGCCCCUGAAGUAUCUGAGUUUAUUCAGCCAUAUUUGGGCAGUCAGUAUAAAGAAACCAAGGUUCCCAGGAAAGUGCUUUUCCACCUGAGAGGCCACAGGGGCCCUGUAAACAGCAUUCAGUGGUGUCCAGUUCUUUCUAAGAGCCACAUGCUUCUUUCAACUUCUAUGGAUAAAACCUUCAAGAUCUGGAAUGCUGUGGAUUCGGGGUGCUGCUUGCAGACCUACUUCUUGCACAGUGAGGCAGUGCGGGCUGCCCGGUGGUCUCCUUGUGGCCGGCGCAUCCUCAGUGGUGGCUUCGACUUUGCGCUGCACCUAACAGACCUUGAGACAGGAACACAGCUAUUUAGUGGUAAAAGUGAUUUUAGGAUCACUACCUUGAAGUUUCAUCCAAGAGACCACAGCAUUUUUUUAUGUGGAGGCUUCAGCUCUGAAAUGAAAGCCUGGGACAUAAGGACCGGCAAGGUGGUAAGAGGCUACAAGGCAACCAUUCAGCAGACCUUGGACAUCCUGUUCCUUGGAGAAGGCUGUGAGUUCCUGAGCAGCACAGAUGCUUCCACCCGGGACUCUGCCGACCGCACCAUUAUUGCCUGGGAUUUCCGGACCUCUGCCAAGAUCUCUAACCAGAUUUUCCAUGAGAGAUACACCUGCCCCAGCCUUGCCUUGCACCCGAGGGAGCCUGUGUUCUUGGCGCAGACCAAUGGCAACUACCUGGCCCUCUUCUCUGCAGUGUGGCCCUAUCGGAUGAGCAGAAGGAGGCGCUACGAAGGACACAAGGUGGAAGGCUACUCGGUAGGCUGCGAGUGCUCCCCAGGUGGAGACCUGCUGGUGACGGGCAGCGCUGACGGCCGGGUCCUGAUGUACAGCUUCCGCACAGCCAGCCGGGCAUGCACGCUCCAGGGGCAUGCACAGGCCUGUGUUGGUACCACCUUCCACCCUGUGCUGCCCUCUGUCCUUGCCACCUGCUCCUGGGGAGGGGAGGUGAAGAUCUGGCAUUGAGCUGCCUUCUCUACUUAGCUGAGCCUUCUGGACACUGGCCCAAGGAGCCCCUGCUUUCCUGGGGGUGGAGCACAAGUGAGCACUACUAACCAUAGCUUUGGGUUAGACCUGGACAGAGGCUGCUUCCACUGCCCUCUGAGCCUCAGUUUCCUUUUCUGUAAAAUGAGGAUGAAAAUUUGUUUGAUGCAGGGUUGUAAGGACUAUAGUAGUGAAACCACCUGGCAGUUAGCCCGUUUUGUCUAAUA